AUGGAUAAUUCUAAAACAACAAUUAGAGAAUCAUUUUUGGAUUUUAUUUGGCCCGCUAUUCUUGAGGAGAAUAUUUGUGAAAAUGAAAAUAGAAAUAAAACGCCAUAUUUUAAUCCCCACAUAAAAUUUGAUAAUUUAUGGGCUCAUAGUUUAUUGGCAGCAAAAUGUUUUGGCGAUUAUGAAAAACCCUUGGAACUGGGUGCUACCAAUAUAAAACUUAAACCACAAGAAGAAGACAAUUCAACAAUCGAGGAUUUCGAACAGAUGUCAUAUCGAACACCAGUCCCUACCAUAAUACCUAUAGAUGAACAAUUAAUAAAUGUUCAACGUGAUAUUGUAGUACGUAAAAAAUUAGCUCAAGAUUUUGCACAACGUACUUUUCCCUGGUAUAUACAACGUCCGGAAUACAUAUCAAAUUUUAAGACGACGGAUGAUAUGAAGUUCCCAUUUCAAAAUCCUUUUGAGCUGGAAAUACUUCAACACAUUCAACAUUUUCAAUGUAAGUUAAUGAUCGUUGAUGUGGCAAUUGACAUGGCGCCCAAUGAAAUCGAACGAUGGUUGAAAUUCUCUCCGUAUGUUAAUAUUAUUACCGUUAUUCACAAUGCGAAUCUAUAUCGCAAAUUGACAAAUUUCAAUGAUGCUUUCAUGGCAACAUUUUUGGAAAAUAAUUUCGAAAAUUCUUGGCAUGAGGAAUUAAAUUGUUCCCUUACAGCCGGCAUUCAAUUGGCAAAGGAUAAGCAUUUAUUUGAUAAUGCUGGUACAGCUUUUGUAUUUGUAUUUGCAAGUAAUCGUAAUUAUUGUUCAUGUGAUAAAUUCAAAAUUCUGAGACAAUUUUAA